AGCAGUAAAAAUUUGAUCCAUUACUUAAAAGAAGAAAAAGGGAUGAGUUAGCAAAAUAUGUCCUGACAUGGAACCUUCUAGACAUGCUGUUGAAUGACAAAUAAACCAACCACAAACGCACUACAGUCUGGUAUCUACAAUGCACAAGAUGCAUAGUGUAACCCACUAAGGACACACUUCCAUGCAAAUGCACCGGACCAGUCUGGAAGUACACACACAACUUGCCAACGGCUGUUGCCUUUGGGGAGGUUACAGAGUUGGCUAAAGGGACUCUUUAUCUGUGAAGUUUCCAUUUCUCACAGUGAAAUGUCAUGGUUAUGUAAUUUGUGUACUUAGAAGUUAAUUUUUACAAACACCCACAGCUACUUUGGGCUGUUAUAGGCUGAACUAUUUUUGAACAUCAUUGUCACUACUGACUAUUAGUUGUCAGUUACUAUCACCCUUCUGCUCCAAAGUCCCUGUCACCUCAUUGCCUUGAGAAUACAACCCCACUCCUCAGGCUAGCCCCAGCUGGGGUAUGCUCAGGCCCCCGCACUACCACAUCAGCACCUGCUGCCACAGCACCUUGGAAGCAGGCCUCUGCUCAUGCGCUUCCCAUCCAGAACACUCCACGUGCCACUCUUCCUACUCAAAUUCCACUCAUGGUCACCACCCAGUUAUGUCCUCUCCACUCUGUGGCUAGAGCCCUACGGUCCUGAAAUUUGCUCUUAGCUUCUGGAGUCACUGUUUCCCCGAUCACACAGAACUCUAAUAACCUCCUUCAAUCUGAACAUUUUCUUUAUACACUUUACUAUCUCAAUCACCCCUCACAAAUGUCCUGUGAGCAGAUGUUACCAUUGCUGUACCUGCUGUAGUAACAGUCACAUACCAAUGCACAUUACACAGUCCCUUGUCCUGCAGAAACAAAUGUACAAAAACCCACCAGGGGAGUCAGUCCUUGAUCCCUCCCCGCCUUUGGAAUGUGACUUAAGUAGAAUCUCAGGUUCAGACAGCUUAAGGGCCCUGCCCAAGGGCACCCAGCCAGUUAGUGGUGGGACUGCUAGUUACACAAUGGCCACAAUUCAAUAGUCUUUUCUAUAAGACUGAAAUUUCAUGCAAGUAACAUUCAUCCUGGUGUGCCCAUAUUUAUUUACUCGUUGCUAAAUAAAUAAGAACUAAAUGAAUAAUGCCUACAAGUGCCUUAAAAUGUAAGUGCCUUCCUUCUUCAUAAAGUGAUAAUAGCAAACCUUAGCCCAUUUGUCAGGUCCUUUCUACCAGUUUUACAGGCAACCAUCCUAGGGCAGUGGGCAGUGAGAUGAUUUUACCAGUGUCACUCUGCAAAUCAGCAACUGUAAGUUCUAGAGACCCCAGAAGGAUCUACCUGUACCCCUCCCCUAUUACUGUGGUCAGGCCUCCAGGCUUAUCUUGGUUUCUCACCCAGCACACAGGAAGCAAUGCUGGCAAGUUACUGGCACAGAUGCCUGGGAGGAUGGUGAUGGGAGAGGUCGCCGCUGCUCACGGGAGACCACAAGGCACUUGAGGGCAGCUGGACACCGCAGACCAUGGCACCACCCAUCAUAGUGGUGCUCCUGUGCACUCACCCUGCUUGGUGGAGGGGGUUGGGGGCACGGUGAGAAGCUUAGCAGCUCCAUCCAGAUGCGAAUUGUCCCUCCCACACUUCCCGGGCUGCAGGGGCCUCCAUUAGAGCCCCUGAAGAGUCAGAAUCCACACCUCUGCAAAUGGGCUGCUUUCCCAGGGCCCCCCUGCCCAGACCUUCCCUGGGCUCUGUGGGUUUUGACACCUCUCUGCAACCUGGCGGGGGUCCACCUCGCACCUUUGGUCCGGAUAAAAGCUCAGGCCUGGAGGUGGCCGGUCCAGCCUCCAGAGCCUGCAGCCCGGGCCAUGGCUCAGUCGUCGCCUCCGCAGAGCCUCCUUAGCCACGACCACUGGAUGUUCUUCCAUGGUUGGGGCUGGGCCGGCCACUCGGACUCCACGUCUCCGGCCUCCUCCUCGGACUCGUCGGGUUCGUGUCCCUACGACAACAUCCGCGGCCCCUCGCAGCCCGCGCCCCAAGCCUGCAGCACCCUGGCCGCGGACGCCGCCCCGACGGCGCCCCGACGUGCGCGGCCCUGGCCUGCGGGCGGGCAGCGGCGCAGCGCCAGCGAGCGCGAGAAACUGCGCAUGCGUACCCUCGCCCGCGCUCUGCACGAGCUGCGCCGCUUCCUGCCGCCGUCAGUGGCACCCUCCGGCCAGAGCCUGACCAAGAUCGAGACGCUGCGCCUGGCCAUCCGCUACAUUGGCCACCUGUCGGCUGUGCUGGGCCUCAACGAGGAGAGCCUUCAGCGCCGGCGCCGACGGCACGGCGACGCGGGGUCCCCUCAGGGCUGCCCGCUGUGCCCGGACGGCGGGCCCGCGCAGGCGCAGACGCAGGUGCAAGUGCAGGUGCGCGGCUCGGACCUGGGCUCAGCCACACCCACCCGGGCGUCCUGGGGGUCCCCGCCAGCCUGCCCUGGACCGGGAGCUGUGCUCCCGCGCCCGGAGACCGGGGUCCCGGACCCAGAUCCCUGGGUGACACCCCUUUACUAUCCCAAGAUGCAGUCGCCUUCGCAUCCAUCCCAAGCGAGAAACCCUGACGGGUCUGUUUGGAUGCCACCCCAAGCCUUUCCUAGGACACAGACAUCCCCAGAGCCCGGCAACCUGGCAGUGCCCUGGACCACGUCCCCUGGGCCCGUGGAGCUGGCUGCAGUGUACCAGGGUAUCUCUGUGUCUCCAGAAUCCUGUCUGUCACCGAGAACCCCACCCCUCCUGCCUGGCCCAUCAUGCCAGAGACUCCAGCCUCAGACCCCGUGGGGAUGCUGGGGCCGCAGUACAGAGGUGCUUCCCAGUGAGGACCAGGGGCCAGGCCCCACCUUCCAGCUGAGUGACGCAAGCCCUUCCCAGAGCUCAGGCCUGCAGCUCAGGGACUGCCCUGAACUUUGGCAAGAAGAUCUGGAGGGCGCCCACCUGGGCUGCUUUUUCUAAAUGGCAUUGCCUGCCUCUUUUCAGCCAGGAAUCAGGCCUGUCAUGUGGGUGCCUCAUUUUCUACUUCAGUGGUUUUUCAAGCUUGGCUUUAGCCAAGGAUCCCUGUUUUCCAAUGAUGUGUUUUGUGUUGUAAAAUAGUGCUUGAAACAGCAUGGGUUUUCUCUCUGGCUGGAGGGUGCACUACCCGCUACUGUUAGAUACCCGUGCACUUCCAGCAUCCUACAGAGCACAAGUCAUUCUGGCUGACCCCAAGGGGGGCUGGGCUGGGACUGGGGGUUGGGGAGGGUGAUGGGCAUUGGGGGAGACCCACACUCAGCGACUUGAUCACAGUCAGCCAAAAGCCUACAGGCUUAGAUUUCUUUUUGUACGUCUUAAAAAAAACACACACACAAUACAAAUUUGGCUUGAUCUGUUUUUCUUCUAUCAACUUGGGUUUUGUUUUUGCCUCUGG